UUGACAACAGAAAAAUAGAAGAUUUUGUGUUCGUAAAGUUAAAAUUGUGCUUUUGUGUUGUAUAAACUUAUAAUUACGAUGGCCAAUGAUACUCCAGAAAGUGAUUUCUCAAUAGAAUGCUUUCAAAAUUAUACUGCACCAGAAGUUUUCGUACAAGGGUUAGCAGGUAUGGUCGAUCAAACGGACGUCGAAACAAUUAUACGCGCCCAAAAAGUCAUGCUUCAACGUUUCGAGAAAACAACAGAAAUGCUGACUAACUGCAACCAGCUAUCUUCAAGUCGUCUUAGAGCCGCGUCUACAGAGUUCAAGAAACACACACAACUAUUGCUGGAAAUGAAAAAAGAUCUCGAGUUCAUUUUCAAAAAGAUACGCGCUAUGAAGACUAAACUAAGUCAACAAUACCCUGAUGCCUACAAACAAGCAGUAGCAGCAUCUAUAGCCAACAAGAAACCAGUCAACGAUGACGAAGAAGAUUUUGGUGUAUCCGAAACGAGGGUACAAUCUAAAAUGGUGGCCACCGUCUCCACAGAAACAUUAAAACCGACAAGUAGCGAAAAGAAAUCAAAGAAAGAUGUAAAAUUGAACCAAGAUAAUAAUAAUACAGAAGCGCAAAGUAGUAAAGACGUUGGUUCUCCGACUUUCUUAAUGAUGGGAAAGAGGGUGAAGCGAGGCAGCAGUUCUUCGGAGACUGAAAGCGCAAGCUCAGGUGAUGAAACAAGUACGGACACCGGUUGACAGUUUGACAUGAGUCUUGGAUAAAGUGGAAUAAUUCACUUGUGAAAGUUAUCGGACAAUUCUAGUCUUCGUAGAUUGUUGUGAAGUCAAUUUCUUGCUGUAAUUCAUGCAUUUUAUUUAAUUACUGCAGCAGCACUUUUAUUGUACUCAAUACUUAUAUGUGAAAGUUUGGGUGGAUAGAUAUUUGUUACUAUGUAUUUAUAAAACAGCUUAUUGUAUGAAAACUAAUGUAGAUAAUCUAAGAACAUAUAUGUGGAUGAAGUCAUGGGCAAACACUAGUAGUUUUAGUUUUGUCAGUGAUUGUAGUUAAUAUCUGUUAAAACAAAUGAAAUUGUGAAAAAAGAUGGCAGUUAUAGUUAGGUGCAACUAAACUAAAUUUGAUGACCAGCAGAUCAAUUUACAACACAUUUGACAAAUCACUAAGCCUGUAGUUUAGCUCAAUUUGUAACUGUUCAAAUAAGAUUGUCGGCUCUCAUAGUUAUAUUAAAUUGUGAUCUCUGAGCUGGCCAAUUAAGUUGAACUACAGCUCAGUACUUCAUGUCUAUGUUACCUGGACUUUUAAAGUGGUUCAUUGGUGAUGUACAAACAUCUGUUAGUUAUGGAAUUAAAGUAAUUUUGUUAUAUAAAUCUGAAUAUAUCAAUUUCAUGUAAACUAUGUAAUAAUGGCAAUAAAUUUUAAAAUCUACUUUA